UCUGGGGGAUUCUGGUGGUUAUAUGGAAACAAGCACUGCAUAAAUAUCGUAUCUGAACCUGUACACAUGUACAGGAAAAAUUGCUACCAGGUAAAGUGAAUGAUAAAGGCAUGGGUUUGCUUUCCAGACAUAAAUAUGGAAGCCAGUGGCACAGAUGAUGUGGAGAAAUUAAAAUCCAAGUUCUUAUCUGCAUGGCAUAACAUGAAAUAUAGUUGGGUACUGAAAACAAAAACCUACUUCAAGAGAAAUUCACCAGUAUUCUUACUUGGCAAAUGCUACCAUUUUAAAUAUGAAGAUUCUAGUGUAACAUCUGAUGGAGGUUCCAAUUCUGGCUCUGAAUCAAAAGAAGACCUUUCUGGAAAUGUGGAUGAAUUUCGGAAGGAUUUCAUUUCCAGAAUAUGGCUUACUUAUAGAGAAGAAUUCCCCCAAAUAGAAACAUCGUCAUGGACAACAGAUUGUGGAUGGGGCUGCACAUUACGUACUGGUCAAAUGUUGCUGGCACAGGGAUUGAUAGUACACUUCCUGGGACGAGACUGGACUUGGACAGAAGCACUGGACAUUUUCUCUUCUGAAUCGGAAUUUUGGACAGCGAACACUGCAAGAAAACUUACUCCAUCUCUUGAGACAUCUUUCUCUGAAAAUAAUGAAUGUGUGUCAUCAAACAAGCAGCCAUUGCACAACUGUGAUAAGAAAAGUAAUUCUGAGGACUUUCACCAAAAAAUAAUAUCCUGGUUUGCAGACUACCCACUGGCCUAUUUUGGUUUACAUCAACUUGUAAAGCUUGGGAAAAAUUCGGGCAAAGUGGCUGGGGACUGGUAUGGUCCAGCAGUUGUUUCUCAUCUUUUGAGGAAAGCGAUUGAAGAGAGCUCAGAUCCAGAACUGCAGGGAAUAACAAUUUAUGUUGCUCAGGACUGCACUAUCUACAGUGCUGAUGUCUAUGACCUGCAGUGUAAUAAGGGUACCGAGAAGGCUGUUGUAAUUCUAGUUCCUGUGAGACUUGGGGGUGAAAGGACCAAUAUGGAAUAUUUUGAGUUUGUAAAGGGAAUUCUAAGCCUUGAAUUCUGUAUUGGAAUUAUCGGUGGCAAACCCAAGCAGUCCUAUUACUUUGUUGGAUUUCAAGAUGACAGUUUGAUUUACAUGGAUCCUCAUUACUGCCAAUCUUUUGUUGAUGUCAGCGUAAAGAAUUUCCCUCUUGAGUCUUUCCAUUGCCCUUCUCCUAAGAAGAUGUCUUUCAAGAAAAUGGAUCCCAGUUGCACAAUUGGGUUUUACUGUAGGAAUGCUCGAGAAUUUGAAAAGGCAGCGGAAGAACUUACAAAGGUGCUGAAAUCUUCAACCAAGCAGAAUUAUCCUUUAUUUACCUUUGUAAAUGGACAUGCUCAAGACUUUGAUUUUGUCUGUACUCCAGUCUACGAUCAAAAUGACCUUUUCACAGAGGAUGAAAAGAAAAGAUUAAAAAGAUUUAGCACAGAGGAGUUUGUCUUGCUCUAAAGACAUUUUUGCACUCCUGGCAGCAGUCCAUAGCACAUUCAUUCUAACAAAAACACAAGGAAAAGAACACUAGACUUUUUAGACUUUUUAUAUGUUUUUAAAUUAAAAUUUUAAAGUUUUUAAUGCAACGGAAAACUUUUUUUUAAAUGUGUUUGUAAUUUUGUAAUAUUGUUGUACUAAUAACCAUAUAAUGAUGCACGGGAAGGAGUCUGCUUUGCAAAUUGGAGCAAAUGCACGAUUUAAUCCUCUCCUGUGUGUAAAAGGUACAGUAUGGUGCAAAUUUACUUUUGGACUGUAAACAACCUUAUUUAAACAGUUUUUUGGGGUUUUUUUGUUUCCAUUUUUUUCUGUUUCCUCCUACCUUUUGUGCAGGGAAAUUAGGACAAGAUGGAUCUGCCAUUUUGCCAGUGAAGUGGGGGCAAGAUACUAGUUUUACAUGGGGUCUCCUUGGUAAAAAAAAAAAAGCAGGAUACAUUAGAUUUUAUUGGUUCAGUUUUCCUUGACGGAGAAAGAGGGGUUAAUGGUAGAAUUUUGGGUAUUGUGCCAUUGCCAGUUAUUCUUAAGUCCACUGUAACCAGGAAGCGCAUGCACAAUGACCUAAAUGAUUUAGAUUAUCAAUUUAUAUAAUUUUAGAGACUGUUAUUGUUAGACACUAAACAUGAUUUAGGUAAAAAUAAAUGACAACAGCUAAAGCAUACUUUUUUAAUAUAUAUUUUUGUGAAAAAAGAAGCCUUAUGCAACCUUUAGCAACCUUAGUAGUUUUCAACAAGAAAUGCCUGAAUACAGUUCUGACAACCCAAACAAGAACCGUUUGUACAUUUUUAUGUUUUGCUACUGGUAAUAGCAGGGUCAUUGAUCGCCAGAAAGCUAAGUAAAAGUACCAAAAUACUCAUUAUUUACUUAUUCUCUUGCCCUUAAUCUUACCCUCGCUUACAGUGAACCCAAAAAUUCUGUUAAAAUGAAAACUCCAGGUUGCUACAACAGAACCCUGUAUUAGAGUUGCAAGAUUGCUACCUUACUUUAUCUUUUUCCAGUUUGAUGAAAAUUUAGAAAGGGGACAUUAAUAUUGGACCCUUGUGCCACAAUGGAUUGUGGUGCUAUCUGGGGGCUUCUACACCGACUAAACCGACACAGUGGUUGUAUGGGGUUGAAAAGAGCCCAUGGCGGUAGUGUAGUCUAACUAUCCUCUUAGUUUUUUUUGUAUAUAAACUAUUAUAAAAUCUUUACAGGGUUUAGGGAUUUCAUCUAUAACUUUUUUUUAUUUUUGCCAAAAUACACUGUUUACAGUUUUGCCCUUUAGUAAAUAUGCCCCUUAGGCUGUAAAAUCUAUUUACCAAACUCCAGCUGUUUUAUUUAUUUUUCAAACAUAUAAUUACAGAUCAUAGUUGUAGAGUUGACAAACUCACUCUUGGAGAAGUUGGAAAUACCAUCAAAACGCUUUGGCCGGUAUUGGGUUUUGACCAUUAUGUCUGACAAGUGAAAAUUGUACUACAACAUUGUUUAAGUGCAACUAUUUCAUUUAAAUAAACUCAUCUUACUUUUCACUAUA